UUUUCAUUCAAAUCAGAGCUUAUAGCUGUCUGUAUUAUAUGAUUUCAUAUGAUAAGCACGUUUUGCAAGUAGUGAGUGAUCAUGAGAGUGUGGGACUGAGAGGUAAGCAUGGCAGUCUUGUACAAAGUGAGAUCAUUGCUUCAUCUAUCCAAAUGUAUUUUCACAACAAGAAUUUCACCGAGGAGAUUUUACUCGGCACAAGUCUCGUCCCAAUUUGAGACUGUAGGGUUUAUAGGACUGGGAAAUAUGGGAUCCAGAAUGGCAAACAAUUUAAUAAAGGCGGGAUACCAAGUAGCUGUUCAUGACAUAAACUGCAAUGCCAUGAAAAGGUUCUCUGAUAUUGGAGCUGCAGCGAAAGAAACUCCUUUUGAAGUUGCAGAAGCUAGUGAUGUUGUGAUCACAAUGCUCCCUACCUCAUCUCAUGUAUAUGAUGUUUACACCGGACCAAAUGGUUUACUUUAUGGAGAGAAUUUGCUACCACGGUUAUUCAUAGAUUCAUCCACUAUUGAUCCACAAACAUCUCGAAAGCUUUCUACCAUUGUCUCUAACUGUACACUAAAGAAACAGAAAGAAGAUCAUUGGAAGAAGCCUGCCUUUCUGGAUGCUCCUGUAUCUGGAGGUGUCCUUGCCGCAGAAGCUGGGACUCUUACUUUCAUGGUUGGUGGAUCAGAGGAAGCUUAUAUGGCGGCUAAACCCUUGUUCCUUUCCAUGGGGAAGAACACAGUUUAUUGUGGUGGAGCAGGAAAUGGUUCAGCUGCAAAGAUCUGCAAUAAUCUGGCACUGGCUAUAAGCAUGAUAGGCAUCUCAGAAUCGCUUGCUCUUGGUCAGUCUCUAGGAAUAUCUGCCAGCACUCUAACGAAAGUGUUUAACUCUUCCAGUGCUCGCUGUUGGAGCAGUGAUAGUUAUAAUCCAGUUCCGGGAGUGAUGGAAGGGGUUCCAUCUUCAAGAAACUAUGAUGGUGGGUUUGCAUCCAAACUCAUGGCUAAAGAUGUAAACAUUGCUGCAACAUCAGCCAAAGAGGUUGGUCUUCGAUGUCCGUUGACAUCCCAAGCACAAGAGAUAUAUACGGAGCUCUGUGAGGAUGGCCAUGAAACCAAGGACUUCUCCUGUGUAUUUCGCCAUUAUUACUCUGGCAAGAAAGAGAUUUAGUUUGACUGAUGUUAAUGUAUACCUCUUGGCAGCAGACUAAUAGAAGUAUAGAACUGUGCUACUGUCAGUGGAUUCAAACAACACUCAUUGAACCUUUUUGUUUUACCUUCAUUUGGGAUCACUGUAAGUCUGAAAUCUCAGUUCUUUUGAUAAGAAUAAAUAUCCUACAAAAG